CAGCAAUAGCAAUAGCAGCAGUGGGCACAGCUAGUCUGACCAAUCUGCUGCUGGCUUCUUGAUGGCGCUUCGGCGCUACCUCUCGCAGACGAUGACAACCUCCGCGCGCAACCACGCCGAUCGAGGUCGGCCUAGAGCCCCCCCUGGCGGAUCGUCGGAACCAUACGUCUGCGUCGUCGCCCUCCUCGUGCGCGCUCAGCCCACACGCCCCCCACUCCCUUCUUCCUCUUCACCCUCUCUUCCUUCUUCGCCGCAUACGACGCUACAGAAGCAAUUGGAGGCAAUCCAGGCGAUUCGCACAAAGCACGACGCGGCGUACGUGCGCUGGGAGCCACACUUGACACUUUUGCCUCCCUUCAUUGUGCCUUUCAUCUCCGUUGCGGCGGCGGCGACGACGACGACGACGACGACGACGAAGAUUGCAGCAGGAGCGGAGGCAGAGGAAGAAGCGGAAGCAGGCGAGACGGAGAGUGUAAAGGACAACGAUGGGAAAGCGGGGAACCAGGAACCACACCGCACGCUCCUAGAGCUCAGUAAACGCAUCGCUCAGGUCCUCGAAGAGUUUGACAGCGAUGCCGUCACUGGAAAGCGAGAAAGAACGGAUCUGGAGCUGGAUCAAGCCGGCUCCUUUCCACUCAGGUACCAUCACUCGGUCCAUCUCUGCCCCUCACCGUCAGCGACGGGCCGCCAGACCCUCCGAUCGAUCCAGUCCGCGCUCGAGGCGGCGCUGCCAGAAACGGUGACCCAUGCUCGCGGAUCUCGGAAGCGCAAGAAGAAAGGGACAAGCGACGACUACAAGCCACAUCUGACAAUUGGACAAGCACAAGGAAGAGAUGAGCUCGACGCGCUCAAAGCACUCGGCCGCCAGGUCCUGUCCGCAGAUGGCGGGUGCGUCAGAGUGCCCAUGGACCGCAUACAGCUCAUGUGCAAGCCCGUCAGUCGCAGCGGCCCGUAUGACAUCUUCCGUGAAUUCGCCAUCUGGCCAAGCUCGAGAAAGUGACUUUCCAUUCGUGGUCCAAAUGUCUGUGUCUACAUCAAAAUAAUCCCUCUGUAAUCAGAGACGAUUCACACCAAUUAAUCGCUAUCUCCCCAGUCGUCGUCAUCAGGUGCCCUCCUCGCACCCUCUGAGUCAAAGACAUCCUUGGCUCCCUCGUCGUUCUUCUUUGCCCUCUCAAAUACCUCAUCGAGUGCCUCCUGCUCGCGCUCUUCGGCCGUCUUUUCCCUCGAAACCGGUCCUUUGGGCAGCUUCGACUGGCGCAAAGAGGCCGGCGGUGCUUGUGAAACUUAACAGGAGGGGAAGGCAAAAAAAAUCUUCGUCAGCUCAUGCUCUCGCUCUCGCCUGCGUUCUGCCCUGAGGACGAUAGACUGACGUGGAAUCAUGCCAUCCGGCUUGAUGGAGACUCGCGGAUGUAAUCCAGACCCACCGACCCCGCCGUCAUCGCCUCUAAGCCACUCUGUCGUCGAGAGGAG